AUGCUUAAUAAUAUCGAUACAGUCAAUAAAACUAUGAACCAAUACAAAGGUCUCAUAUAGAGUUUAAUCGAAACUAUAAAUCCUAUCAAAAGUACCGAAAAAUAAAUGAAGUUCAUUAUCAUUGCUAAAAAGGCUCUUCUUUAACCAGUAACUGCUAAUAAAGCACCAAUAAUAAGCAAAUGA